CAGCUAGUGAAUUUGUGUGAAUUUAUAUUAUUCAAUUUAUUCAUGAUUGGCUUUCGCUAUCUUUGAUUAGAAUAUGUUAAAGUAGUUAAAUUUUAAUUUUUUUUUUCAAAUGGCUAAAUUCACAACCUAAUUACUGCCUGAAUGUUUAAGAAGUUUCGCAACACCAAGCACCAAACAAUCACUACAGAUAUCACCAUUGCUAUCACCAUUGGAAUUUACCUCACCAUCACAGGCGAAGCAAAUCCAAGAUGAUGCAUCCCUGGCGUUGCCGAGACAAUCGUAGUGAAGUAAAAUUCUCCUGAAGCUUUCGAAGUCUUGCGUUGAAUGACAAGGCCUAAGAAGACUCGAGGACUUCAAGGACGUAUCGAUGUUCUAACCUAGCGAAAUUAUAUUAAUGGAAAUUUCAGGGCCAUAUGAAGUAUGAAAUUAGGGCCAUACGAAUUUUCACGCCAAGCGUAAUGUUUCCAGGCUUCCAUGAACAUCACCAACACAACAUGAACAGACUGGCGAGUAUGGACUGGCCCCACCAGCACCAGCAGUUCCAUCAUGGUGUAAAUCCUAUGAACAUGGGCCCAAUGGUCGCAACACAUUCACACGGCGCCUUUUUUCGAUACAUGAGACAGCCAAUAAAGCAGGAGCUGUCAUGUAUGUGGCUAGAACAAGACCAACCUUCACCAAAGAAGCCUUGCAAUAAAACUUUUGGAAGCAUGCACGAAAUUGUGACACAUAUAACAGUUGAACAUGUUGGUGGGCCUGAGUGUUCUUCUCAUGCGUGUUUCUGGCAAAAUUGUCCUCGGAACGGCAGAUCUUUCAAAGCAAAGUACAAACUUGUGAACCAUAUUGCUAGAGUACAUACUGGAGAGAAACCCUUUCCGUGCCCUUUUCCAGGAUGCGGAAAAGUUUUCGCACGAUCGGAGAACUUGAAAAUUCACAAGAGAACCCACACAGGAGAGAAGCCCUUCAAGUGCGAGUACGAAGGAUGUGAUCGGAGAUUCGCCAAUUCAUCAGACCGAAAAAAACAUUCGCACGUGCACACCUCCGACAAACCGUACACCUGCAAAGUCCGGGGUUGUGAUAUGUCUUAUACGCAUCCAUCGUCCCUCAGACAACAUAUGAAAGUCCACGGCAAGAGUCCGCGGCCCUCCGGCAGCGGAUACGAAAGAGAUGACUCCACAACAACCACAGAAACAUCAGCGUCAAAUUCCAACAUUCCAAGCUCCUUAACGCAAUCAUCGGGUCACUGCCAGACCAAUAUUAUUGUCAGUCGGGAAUGUUCGGUAAAUAACGCUAUUCCUACAGUACCUAUUGCUGGUAGUAACAACCAUAACACCAACACAGCGCAUAACGCAAAUCUAAGUGAGUGGUACGUGUGUCAAUGCGCUGCUGGAAUGCCCAUCCCGCCGAGCAACGAACACAGUCAAAUUCCACCCUUGCCUGGAACAAUUUUGCCCCCGUCGGCAUUUUACUAGCAUUUGGCCUUAGUCUUCAUUUGAAAUUAUCUUUGCAGUGUCAAAGGCAGGCUGUCUGUAGGUGCUUGGCUAUCGAGAAUCCUGCUAUAUUUGGAUGUCGCUAGAGCUCUAUGAUCAAUGACUGUCGUUUUGAAGAGAAAAGUUGCCCUCAAUUCAUUGCGUGGGCAUCGGAAAUACCCACAAUUCUUGCAUUAAUUACACCUUUACGAGUUAACAGUUCUCAUACAUUAUUUUUUUAUAAAACCUUUGCAAAUACUCAUAAAUUGUUCAUCAUUUCUCUUUGAUUUUGCUAAUUUUUAUUUCCGACUUUGAAUCAAACCGUAUUCCUUCUCUACGCACACUAUUGGUCCAACUCACUCGUUGUUUACCGCACAGUUAACCAAUGUAAUUAAUUAAUGUACUUAAUGACGAAAGAAAUAAAUAAAAAAAUUUCUGAACCUCAGCCUGAGUUAAUCUUUUUAGUACAAUUAUUGAUAGAUUAUUUUAUUAUCAACGAGACAGAUAUUGGAUUGUCUAAAUUCAAUUUAGUGUGAAAGUAAUUUUUUUAUGGCCAUAAAACUCAAAAUUAUUCUCUUCAUGAUUUCUUUGAAGUUCUCGUCACUUUCUUCGUCUUCGUCGCAACGAGAAGUUGAAAUAUCGAGUGGACUUGUUUUUAUAUUUUACCAGCGACACAUGAUGGUGUCACGCGUGCAUUAUUAGACAUUGUAGCUUUUGUAGGGUGGUAAGCAAAUGGUUUUUUAGUGUAUAAACGACGUGUACAUUCUCAUUGAACAUAUGGUACGUAAAUAAACUACAUAAUUCUCGUAACUUCGACGCUGAAACUAAAAUAGUUGACUCCGUGUACAAAAUUGUUUCGAAUUUAUGUUCAACUCGCAUUGAAAGUGGGUUGAAUCUAGAAUAUUUGUUGUGUUUAUAUCCGUCACAAGUUCUAUAAUUGACAGACUUGAUCAAUGAUCAAGUCAGGUUGGUUCCACAAAAAACUUUUCCUCUGUAAAUUACAUGGAAUGCCUGUAUAAUUAAAAAUAAACUUCUAGAUUUUAGGAUGAAAUGAAUUUUCUUCGAUAAACAUUUCAAAUAAAGAAUUUUCCCUUGUUGCUGAUUCCUUAAAGCACAAUGAGUUUCAAAAUUUAUAUGAACAGCAAGGUUUAUCUCGAUGAAAUAUUUUACAUGCGACAUCAGACUCAGGGUCAUUAAUAAUAUGGUGCACAUUCCCUUUUUGAAUCGUUGCAAAAAUAAAUUGGUUAAGAAUUUUUGUUAUUUUUCUCGGUUGAUAUUCACGAUACACUUGCUCCCGGUGGUCUAUAUAUGGAAGCUCAUUAAUUUAAUAGUCAUUAUAUGGUAAAGCUCAAUUGACAGUAAUUGGUAGCUGUUUGGGAUAGUUUUUUUCA